ACGGUAAUGAUUUAGUCGCUGCGCCUCUAGUCUGGUCAUUACGGUCAGUUUGGGCCCAUGUGUCCGGAAGCAGCCUCGGCUUAUUCUGCCUGUGUUUUGUGACAGUAAAAGCUCCGGAGAAGAAGCACUGGAGUUGUGGGAACUUCUGUCCCGGCUGCCUGUGACCGUGGGGGGCAGGCGGGGAGAGCCGGUGGACCACCGGCGAGCUGAAACAUGGGCCUCCUGGCGAGGAUACGAAAGGAGUGGUUCAUCAUCGGGAUCGUGCUGGUCAUCUUAUCGGCCAAGCUGCAGCCCAGCAUCGGAGUGAAAGGAGGUCCUUUAAAGCCAGAGGUCACCAUAGCGUACAUCGCCGUCUCGCUCAUCUUCUUCAACAGCGGCCUGUCGCUGAAAACGGAGGAGCUGACCAGCGCGCUGCUUCACGUGCGGCUCCACCUCUUUGUUCAGUGCUUCACCCUCAUCUUCUUCCCACUCGCCAUUUGGCUGCUGCUCAAAGUGCUCGCACUUACCGCCAUCGACCAAUGGCUGCUCAGAGGGUUACAGACGGUGAGCUGCAUGCCCCCUCCAGUCUCUUCUGCCGUUAUUCUCACCAAGGCUGUCGGAGGCAACGAGGCCGCCGCCAUCUUCAACUCUGCUUUUGGAAGCUUCUUGGGAAUUGUUGUCACUCCUCUGCUGCUGCUGCUCUUUCUUGGCUCCUCGUCCUCCGUUCCCUUCUCCUCAAUCUUCUCUCAGCUCUUCAUGACGGUGGUGGUGCCUCUGAUCCUGGGGCAGGUUUGUCGCAGAUUCCUCAGGGAGUUUUUGGAAAGGCAAAAGCCCCCGUUCGGCGCCAUCAGCAGCGCUGUUCUCCUCAUGAUCAUCUAUACCACCUUCUGCGAAACCUUCAGUAACCCCAGCAUCGAGCUGGACCCCACCAGCCUGCUGCUGGUCGGCCUUAUCAUUUUCUCCAUCCAGAUCAGCUUCAUGCUGCUAACGUUUGCCUUUUCCACCAGGCCAGGCUCCAGGUUCAGCCCCGCGGACACCGUCGCCAUCAUGUUCUGCUCCACACACAAGUCUCUCACCCUGGGUAUCCCCAUGUUGAAGAUCGUGUUUGAAGGCUACGAGCAGCUCUCUCUGAUCUCAGUCCCUCUCCUGAUCUACCAUCCGGCUCAGAUCCUGCUCGGCUCCGUCCUCGUGCCCACCAUCCGCAGCUGGAUGACCAGCCGGCAGAAGUCUAGUCUGUUGUUGCGAUAGGGCCACGUGCCAACACUUCUGUCUGCCCCGAGCAGUGAAGCUGUCAGCGCUGCAGCCCAUCUGACGAGGAUAAAAUGAAAGCUUUUGUGGGGUUACUGGUGUCUCAUACAAAGGGGACUAUGGUGGAGGAUUGCAGUAGUCACACGUGCCUUAUUGCUACCAAUCAACGAAGACCUCAGACGGGCGGAGUGAACGAGAGGAACCGCUUGCCUCAAUAUUUUUUCUUUCUACGAUAAGGACAGACUCCUGUUUCUAACAUAUAUGUUGUUUUAUACUUAAACUAAGUGCGAGUUAUAUUUUUCUAUGGAUUUUGGAACCAGAAGGGUUAAGGUAUUUGGACCAGUCUUUUCUCUUUUCUGCUGUUUUCAACAUUUUUCUUCCUUCCCACUAGCUGUCGCUGCCUGAAAGUGUCAGUGUUUGUUACAUUUAUCUUCAGUAUAUGCUGGAUCUGACAUUCAAUAUACAGUAUCUUAAUAGCCGAUUGGAUUUUUGACACUUUCUAAAAUGCUGUUUGUCUUAGAAGGAGUCCUGUGGUGGUAUAGUUGAGUGGAGGAUGUUAGGACCUCCAAGUCGACAUUAAUACUGGGGUAGUGAGUCCAAGUUUACAGCCCAAAUUUUAUUUUUUUUCUUUAAAUAUUCAAUGGCUUGCUUCACUUUUUUUUAUGGCUGUCUCAGUGUAAUUCCAGGCCACAUUAUUCGCUGCUUCCCUCAGAUUCUAAUCAAAUCUGUCAUCCACAAGGGCAUUUAUAUCUCGGACCAACAAGGAGAGCUUUGGGCUCUCAGUAGGGAUCCUGUUAAAUAGUAACAAAGCACAAAAAAGGCAGAAAUGGGUAAAGCUGCCAGUCUCUGUAUAUUAAAGCAACUAAAAUCCUGUUUAAACACGUAAAUGUUUUUUGGGAAGGAAAAUCUAGAACUCCAGGGCUAGACUUCUGUCACAUUCUGGAGUGCCGGGCUCUAGAGCUAGAACUGUAAAAUACAAUAUUAGAUUUUAGACAUCUAGAAUCUAGAAUUGCAUAACAAAAUUUUGUGACAUGAGGUCUUGAGCUGCUUUACCUUCUUCAGAGGUAUGACAGGGAAUGAGUUAUCUUAGUUAGAACAGCAGCACAUGAUGUUCACAAAACCUUGUUCUAGUCCAUCCCUACGAAUAUCAUUCUGUGGACCAAACUGAAACACACCAAUGAGGAAAAAGGGCAUGAAUUUGCUCAGGGGAACUUUGGUAGUAUUUUUCUAAUUUGUUCUUUGCUUUAACAACUUAGCCUUACAUCCUUCUGGUAAAAUAUGCCAACUCUGACUUCCAUUUUUCUUUAAGGGCUUUCACGCUACAUAAUAGCACAACCCCAUCAAGCCUCAGAGGAAACUCUGGAGGGCCUUACAGUAGCUCUGUGCACAGCUAACUCUGUAUCUGUUGUAGCUUAAAGUAGCGCUAGCAUGUUAAAAUUACUUUCACUAUCUUUCCUAAUUCUGAAUUAGAGAUAGUAGCAUCACGAGGUAGUGAUCCUAGUGUGCUUUGUCGGUACGUCACUACAGAUGCCCAUUGGUUUUCACCAUAGUGCCACUUUACCAGUCAAAUCCAGUAUUGAAUUUCUGCACUGUUUAUAUUGGGGCUUUCUGCAGAGCAGGAUUUACCUCUGAUGCCAGCGAGGAGUGACCAGAUGGUAUUCAGUUUCAGUCCCACAUUGCAGUUUUUUUUUUCAAUCUGUAGUGAUUAUGUGUACCUAACCUUACACUGGAAAAAAGAAUAUCCAGGAGAACAUACCUCCUCGUUUAAUCACUGGCAUUUCUGUUACUUCUCCCUUACCCUUAUCUCUGACACUGAGGAUACGAACAUAGCCCAUGGAGCCGCAAUAAAAACAUUAAUGGGAAAUAUCCCACAAUGAAUCAGUAGCAUGGUAUUUUUAUCCUAUAUUAUUAAAGUGAAUUCAAGUGAUGGACCAAAAACCUGCAAUACCUAUUUUUAAGCCAGUUGAGAACAGUACAAACAACUUCUAAAGUUGUUUUCACAAAAGUGACACAAUCCAAGUUGGUGUCAUUAAAAAUGGUAAGGAAAGUGUUGCUUGAUUUAACAGCAGACAACAUGAAUAUUCACUGGGAGUAAAGCUCGUUUCUGCCGUGUGACUCCAAGUUCUUUUAUCUCUAGUUUUGGUCUCCUCCACCUAUGUAAGCUUAAUUGCAGGAAUCAAAGAAAAAAAAUUGCCUGAUGGAGCAAAGUUGAAAUUUUAAGUUAUCUCAAAGUUUCUACCUAAUAAUUCAAUGAUGUUUGAUUUAGAAAUUCAAAACUUUAAGCUAUGGAUGGCAAUUUCUUUUCUUCUCCAGUAGCAGAAAUUAGCUUCUGUUCCACCUAAGACUCUGUAAAGCCUCCAGCCUCCUUUCACAUGAUUGUUACCCUUUCAAAAAGAUGUUAACAUAGUGUUGAAAAUA